AUGUUCUUCUCCUUGUUUUCCAUGAUCAAGAUUCUUGUUUUCACACUCGCAUCGGUUUCCACCCUUUUCUAUCUGGGCCGCUGGUUUCUACACCGCACGGCUCUGAUACACCUCGCCAGAAAAUGGGCUGAAUGGAUUGAAGACCGGAUUCACGUCCACCAACAGUUGACCGUCCCCCAGUUCAACCCCCACGGCCACCCUAACCUGCUCUUCCGUAAGGUCCAACUCUACCUGCACUCCCUCCCUUCCCUCCAAGAUUCCGAUUUCAUCAACCUCUUCUCCUCCCAUCCCAACCACAUCCUUCUCCACUUGGACCAUCACCAGCUCGUCCGUGAUUCUUUCCUCGGCGCCUCCCUCACCUGGACCACCGGCGAUCGGAGCUUCCUUUUGCGGAUUAAAAAGAAGGAUAAACGCCGGAUUCUCAGGCCUUACCUUCAGCAUAUUCACACCGUCGCCGAUGAUAUCGAUCAGCGGCGGAAAGAGCUCCAUCUCUGCUACAUGGACUCCGCCGGCGCCGCCUCGUCACGGUGGAGGUCAACCCCCUUCCUUCAUCCCUCCACCUUUGAUACCUUAGUUAUGGACCCGGAUCUCAAAACCAGGAUCAAAUCCGACCUGGACACCUUCCUCAAAUCGGAGCACUAUUACCACAAGUUGGGCCGGGUUUGGAAGCGGAGCUACCUCCUCUAUGGGCCCUCCGGCACCGGGAAAUCCAGCUUCAUCGCCGCCAUGGCUAACUAUCUCUCCUUCGACGUCUACGACCUCAAUUUAUCCCGAGUCUCCGACGACUCCGAUCUCAAGAUGCUUCUUCUACAAAUUACUCCCAAAUCCAUCGUCGUGGUGGAGGACCUGGACUUCUUCCUUUCCUCUGCCUCCGGGACAGGGCCAAACUCAGGGGUCACGGUUUCUGGGCUGCUGAAUUUCAUGGACGGGAUUUCCAAUUCGUGUUCCGGGGAUGAGAAAAUCAUGGUUUUUACGGUGAGCAACGACCGGAAAGAGGACCUGGAACCAGCGAUGCUUCGACCCGGAAGAAUCGACGUCCACAUACAUUUCCCCUUGUGCGAUUUCAACUCCUUCAAGAGCUUAGCGAGCAAUUAUCUGGGAUUGAAGGAGCACAAGUUGUUCCCCCAGGUUGAGGAGAUGUUUCAGAGUGGUGCCACCAUUAGCCCGGCGGAGAUCGGGGAGCUUAUGCUCGUUCACAGAAGUUCGCCCAGCCGGGCUCUCAAGUCGGUCAUCACGGCGCUGCAAUCCAGCUCCUCUCCCGCCGGCAAGAAUCUAAGGAGUCGGUCUGACGAGAGUACUUCAUCAUCUCCGCUGCCUCCUCUUCCGGGGUCGGCGGAGCGCGGUGGCGUCGGGGUGGGGUGGAAAGAUACCGCUACCGCAAAGGAAUUUCGCAAGUUGUACGGAAUAUUAAGAUUAAGAAGCAGUAAGAAAUCCGGACCGUAUGAUCAAGACUCUGUAUUGUAA